AGUUAUAAAAAAAAAUUAGAAAUUCGUUUACUGGAGAGUUCAAAAACAAAAAGUUGACAUUUCGUUUUGAAGCCAUCACGUGUACAAUGACCAAAAGCUCUGUGCAAUAUGCUUAGAAUAAAAGUUCCCGUGCUUCUCCUGGUUUAUAUAUCAUGUUUCUACUACAUAGCGGAAGGCGCCAACUCACGUCCGGUCUGCUCCAAAGGAUACUACACUGCCAAUCUUGUGGAAAACGACCCGAAGUCCAAAAGUGUGAUCAAAGUCAGCUGCACUGACCCAGACAAUGACAAGCUGACCUUCUCCUUCGACGGCGUGGGGGGAAACAUUGAUAGCACCUUCACGCUGAACAGCAGCACGGGAGAGCUGAAGCUUAACAAGGUUGCCGACGCUGAACAGAUCGCCAUUCAGCAAAAGACCCUUGUAUACCCCUUUACGCUGAGAGUUCUGGUCGAUGAUGGAGUCACCACGCCAGUGGUGCUUACAUACUUCAUCACUAUCACGGACAUCAAUGACGUCAGACCGACCAUUACCGGACUACCCUCGACUAUUUUCGUACCGGAAGACAGCAAGGUCGGAACGAAGUUAGCCACUUGCAAUCUAACGGAUGGGGACUUUCCAGGUGCUGGGAAUGACGUAGCUUUCGUCAAAAUUAAAAGUGGAGAUCCUCUCGGAAUGUUCUCUAUAGACUACAUCUCUUGUGAUCUGAUGUUAGUCCGAAACUUGGACUUUGAAAACACCACCAAGUACGUCCUAGUCCUCAUGGCCUAUGACAUUGGACAGAACAACCCCAAGUCUAUGUCAUCGUCUGUCACACUGACAGUGUCAGUGACUGAUGUCAAUGACAAUCAACCAGCGUGUACUUCCUACAACCUGAUGCGUGACGUAGUAGAGACGGCCAGCGUCGGGUCUGUCUUAGUGCAGUUGAACUGUACGGACAAAGAGUCGAAAGCUUCACUCAGUUACACAAUUCUUAGCAGAGUCCCUAGCACUGACGUCAGGUUACAGGUGAACAGCGCCACAGGGGCCAUCACUCUAAACGGCUCUCUAGACUACGAGAAAAACGACCGGAAACUGGAAGUGAAAAUCCAGGUAGCAGACACUGGCUUCAAGACCGUGAUGAGCACUAUAGUGACCGUGGUCUUUCGAGUGACCGACGCUGAUGACAACCCACCUGUGUUGAUCUCCUUAUAUCUCGGGUAUAUAUCAGAAGAUGCCAACAUUGGUGCCUAUGUCAUGACGGUGAAUGCCACAGAUGUGGACUCACCAAACACCGCCCUCUCCAGGAUCACAUUCGGAUUUGAGCAGAGCUGUUCCCAGCCCAACUGGUUCAAGAUCGACUCUUACACAGGGUCCAUUCUAGUCAACACACUCCUGGAUUGGGAGACGGCGCCUAAUGUCACGUGCAAGGUGUACGCUUACUCAUCCAAUCAGAUAGCCAGCAGACGAAUCAGUGACGUCAGGAUUGUACUUACUGACGUCAACGACAGGGCUCCAGACUUUACGCAGUAUUUUUUUGAAGGGUCUGUGCUAGAAAACUCAGCACUUAGUGUUUCUGUUGGCAAAGUCAGUGCACAUGAUGCGGACAGCGGCAUGAAUGGACAAUUUAACUUCUCCUUGCCAUUUACCGAACACUUUCUGAUCGAUCCAAACACGGGAGUAUUAACCCUCAAUGGCGAUGUGGAUUACGAAAACGAGACUUCUUACUUGGUUCUAGUCGAGGCCAAAGAUUUAGGCCUACCCACCUUCUCGUCACGCACCUACGUCAACAUCAGAGUACUUCCGGUCAACGAGUACCCUCCUGUCUUCACCCAAAUCGUUGGAACACAAACUAUCUCAGAGGCAAGUGAGCCAGGUUCUUUUGUAACCAGUAUUGAGGCUACUGACGAUGACCAUGGGCUCGAUGGUCAGAUUGUGUAUUCACUUCUGGACAACAACGUACCUUUUAUUCUUGAACCGGUCACUGGUCGUCUUGUCGUGGGUCUUGGACUAGACGCAGAGAAUAUUACGCAGUACAAUCUCACGGUCAUCGCUUCUGACCAGUCAGAGACUGAGGUCAAAUCGGUCACUAUGUCCCUGUUGGUUAAUGUUUUGGAUGUAAAUGACAACCCACCAACCUGUGACUUUGUUCAUCCCAUCAGUUUAAAAUCACCCCUCGUAAACACGCCGUUCGCAAAACUAAACUGCCCAGAUGCAGAUAUCACUUUGACUGUACUCAGAUAUGAGAUAAUGGACUGUAAGCCUUUUAACAUUUUCAGCAUUGACCCAAACACUGGCGAGAUAAGCGUGGUCAGCGUGGACGGUAACCCCCAGGGCGUGUAUCAACUGAUUGUCAAGGUUUCUGACAACGGCGUGCCCCAGUUGUAUACAACUUUCUCACUGGAGGUACUAUUGGAGGUCAAUUUGCAGUUCAAGGACUUCCCAUUACUUCCGGUUCACCUGAACGAAAAUGAAGAUGCCAAUAAAGUUGUUGCUAAUGUGACAGCCACUGGGGCAUAUGAUCCAGUAACGUAUAACAUUGUUGGUGGAAAUGACAACGAACAGUUCAGCAUGGGUCACUACUCUGGUACACUGCGGCUGGUCAAGGGCUUGGACAGAGAAUCUAUAGACAGAUUUAAUCUGAUCAUCCAGGCCUCAACGCUUAGUGGACAGGUCAUUACAAAGACGCUGGACAUCAUAGUGGACGAUGACAAUGAUGAGAUGCCCACUUUUCCCAAUUCUCGUUAUGAGCGGAAGGUCUUGGAGAGUGUAACACCGCCUCAGAGCCUUGGUUUGAUCACAGCGGUCGACAAGGACACGGGCAAUAACUCAUUACUUACUUACAGCAUAUGUUCCGGAAACGAUGAGGGAGUGUUUGAUAUAGAUGCGGCUUCCGGAGAACUCUGGGUAAGAAAGAACUUAGACAGUGAGGCAACACAGGCUUAUAAUCUGGAAUUGUGUGUCAAGGACGGUGGGAGUCCAUCUUUAAACAGCUCCACCGUUGUCUUCGUGAGUGUUGAAAACAUAAACGAGUUUAAACCGGUUAUAACACCAUCAGUUGACAUCAUAAAUCUCACACUUUCCGAAGAUUCUGUUAUUGGAUUACAAGUUCUCGUCAUCAGCGGGUCGGAUCCAGACCGCGGUUCAGAAGUACGGUACUCCAUCUUUGGCUUGAGUUCACCUGAAUACUUCUCUAUAGGUGAACUCACGGGGGAGGUGUACUUGACCUACCCUUUGGACAGAGAAACCUUAUCAAACUUUACAUUCGGGGUUCGUGUCAUCGACACCGUUGGUCAGUCUGCCACUACAACUGUCAGUGUCACCGUGACUGAUGUCAAUGACAAUGACCCAGUGUUCGAUAAGUCUAGCUAUGUGUUUACGACAGCUCAUGAAACCAAGGCUAAUACUUAUAUAGAUUCAUUUACAGUAACUGACCAAGACAAUGGACUCAACGGCUCGGUUACGCUGUCUAUAUCAUCUGGUAACACAGGAGACACGUUUAAAAUCAUAGGUUCAAAUUUACUAUCAAACGCGGUGCUUGAUGCUAACGACCAGAACCAAUAUGAUCUAAUAGUGACUGCUACUGACCGUGGAAAUCCUCCUAGGAGUUCGUCUGCUUAUGUAACUGUUCUCGUUGGUCCAGAAUUCAAAAAACCUUCUUUCCAGAUUGACAGUUCAAACCCUAUCACUUUGAUCGAAACAUUAGCAGUAGGAAGUUUGGUCAAAGACCUGGAUGCAACAGUUUUGGGGGCAAAAGAGGGAUCAGGUGGCGACCUCCUCUAUUCUAUCACAAGCGGAGAUCCUCAUCAACAUUUCUCUAUCGAGCCUUUCGAAGGUGCUCUAACGCUUGUUUCUCCGUUAGACUAUUCUGCUACAUCAUUCUUCUCCCUGCAAGUGAUCGCCCAGAAUAAAUACAAGUUUUCGUUAAAUGACACCGUCUUGGUCAACGUGACGCUCAUCCAGGUGAAUGUCCGCACUCCGCAGUUCACGUCUGAUGUCUACAACUGGACAGUCAAUGAAACCGCUGGUGUUGGCUCCUCUGUUGGUAAGGUCAGCGCCGUGGACCAAGAUGCCGGACAGUUUGGGAAAGUGAGCUACUCUUUAAAGUCCGGGGCUCCAUUCCAGAUCAACUCGAGCACGGGGUUGAUCACGUUGUCUGGUACUCUGGAGUACUCUCAAGCUAAGAGCUACAGUUUCUACGUCACCGCCAUCGACAACGCAGGAGCUACAAGCAAGACGUCAUCCGCUGUCGUCAUCAUAUACGUCAUUGACUUCAACAAUCACGCCCCAACUUUUCCCAGCAACUUUUACAGCGUGACACUACCGGAAUCUUUCCCUUUGCAUCAAGAGUUUCUCAUCACCUCAGCAUUCGACCUCGACUCUGGUUCUUUCGGAUCUAUUCUUUACAGCAUCGCAUCCAGCAAUGCAGGAAGCAUGCUGACAGUAGACUCACAUACUGGAGCAUUGUCUCUUCAGCAGCACUUAGACUACGAAUCUUUACAGACGAUACACUUGACAAUCAUGGCGGCUGACGGAGGCAGCCCACGGCUAAGCAGUACUGCAUCUGUCAUCAUCAAUGUGGAAGACGUCAACGACGAGGUUCCUAAGUUCCCCAGUGAGACGGUGGAGCUCAACAUUCCGCAAUCCACCCCGGCACUUGCAUUAAUCUACUCGGCGUCAGCCUCGGAUAAAGAUAAAGGAAAUAACGGCGAGGUGAUAUACACCAUCGCGAGCGGCAACGAUGCCGGGCUCUUCACCAUCGACACCUUAAAAGGAGAUCUAAAAACCUCGAGAUCUUUGAUGUCCGGCAGUGGAUUUUACACUUUGGCGGUGGCGGCCGUAGAUCAGGGUCGUCCUUCACUCACUGGCACCGUGAUGGUCAGCGUGGCCGUCAGCCCCAUAGCCAACCUGCCCGCUGAUGCCUCCGUCAAAGAGAAUGAGCCAUCUGGCACACUUGUUAGUGGCCUCCCGCACUCCUCUUCUGUCAUUGGAUACAGCAUCACGGGAGGUAAUUACGGAAAUAGUUUUUCAGUCAAUAAUGCAACGAGAUCUUUACUGACCACCAAGCCACUGGACAGAGAAGACUACGCUUUAUAUCAGCUGACCAUCACUAUGUGGAACAAUACUGGUAAAGCUGGCGAAAUAUCAUUGAAUGUCAAGGUUCUAGACAAAAACGACAACAAACCCAAGUUCAAGGACCCCGAGCUGACCAUACGUAUCGUUGAGAACAUGUUAACAGGGGUCAGUAUUGGUCAGGUGACUGCUGAGGACGCUGACGAGCCGGGCAGCAACAGCCACAUCACUUACACGAUGUCGUCCUUCCAAGGCAAUAGGUACAUCGCCCUGGACAGCUCCACUGGGCAACUCAGCCUGAAAGAGUCUAUCAGCUAUGAGACGGUGUCGUCUUUGACCUUUGAGGUCAUCGCUAAAGACGGUGGAUCCCCUCAGCUGUCGUCGACGGCCACUGUUAAUUUAGUGGUGUAUGAUAUCCUCGAGACUGUUAUUGAACGAGGUUUCAAUACUACGUACUUCAUCUCUCACGAGUUCCCUCACGACGCUGCAAAGGGUGAAGUUGCAUGUACGCUGAUACCAGAAGACUUUGGUUUGGAUCCUACUGUUACUAGGACAAAUGAAGUCACAUCUGUGGGAAACAAUGUUUUUGAAGUGUCCAGUUCCGGUGACGUCACGGUCAGUAUGGCUGAAAAGAUUUUUGAAAACGGGCGUUACUUUCAGUGGAUGGUGCUGACCACCAGUGAGACAAGUGGCACCAAGUCCAUGGUGGGACUAGUACGACUGGACACUUUCAACAAGAACAAACACCUGGUGGCUGUAAUAGUCUCACUGGACGAGGUGGACCUAAGGUCCAAAGUAGAAUUGCUCAGACAUGAUUUACAAGCUAAAUUUCCGGCUCCAAAUAAAGUCAAAGUCUGGCAAGUUCAAGCUACAAGCAGAAGUUCUAGGCGAAAACUUCUGGCCACUGAAUCUGCUGCAUUCACUGUUGUUCUGGCAGAUGGCGCUUCUGACAGUAUUAAUAAUGUAGAUCAAAGCAAAACAUUUCUGACCCAAGCUGAAAUACUUGCAAAUCUACAACAGUCUCCUGAUGGCACACCGGUCAGUGGGCUGUCCAGCAAUGUUCCAGUGACUAAAGUUGUUCCUUAUGAAGACGCUUCGACCAACAGCAGUGGCCUGGACACCUCCACGAUUAUACUCAUUGUGUUCGCAAUCCUAGCUGCCCUCAUCGUUAUAGGUGUAGUGGUCAUUCUAGCUUACUACUGCUGUUACAGACGACGGAAAAUAAGGGACGACACAUUGGGUCUAGUAAAACAUGGGGAGACAAGUCACAAGAUACUGGAUUCUCCAGAACAUGAGAAAAUAAUCUACGAUAACUUCCCUCGAGAUACAGGAACAGAAGAUGACUCGACAGACGAUGAAACCUCAAGUAUUUUAUUGUCUACACCUGAACCACAACCAGAUACAGAAGUAACUCCAACCAGAGGACCUAAUGGUCAACCGAUUUCAGUAAAUCACGAUGCUGAUGGUACCAAGGCCGGACUAUUUCGCCCCACGUCAGUUUUAAGCAUCGAUACUUGCAUUUCUAUCAAGUACACGCCCAAGGGUGGAUUGGAAUCCAGACGACAAUGCACGUCUGCGUAUUUUGCAGGAAGUGACAUCAAGGAAGAAGAUCAUGACAGGAUCGACCAUCUUGGCAACAUCAUAGAUAGUUUUGAAAACGCCCUGCGUCGACUGAAGAGCCCACAUUCUGAUAGGCUGCACGAAACUCUUUGUGCUGAUGAUGAGAAUGACGUAGAGCUCACUAGACGCUUCUGUUUAUACGCAGAAAUCAAUGACGACAUCCGUUGGGCAAAACGCCCAAAGAAGAAAACAAAUACUCUCAAAAAAGAUCCGAAAGCUUCGUCUUCAAAGUUAAUGAAACAUUUAUCGACUCCGUGUGACGAACUAGAGAGAUAUGACAGGAUUAAUUCUUACUGUGAGGAACUAGAGAGAAAUAACAGGACUAAUUCUUUCUCGCUGCAGGAAAAUGACAAAAAAGAUAAAUCUAAUUUCACCCUGAAACGUCCCGUCACGUUUAGUGUUCUAGAACAUCCAGUUACGAAAUUUCCUAAGAGCUCAAAAAUUGCAUUAAGUACAAUUUUUCAACCAACAUUUGAUAAGUCAACUUCCAAUGAAGUUCUCCAACAGGAAUGGCAGAAUGCUGAAGGUCCUCACUUCUGUCACCACCAUCCAACUCGUAAAAAUAGCAAAGACUUAUCAUUGAGUUUGACCAGGGCAGAGAUGCUGGAGAAUCUUCAGAGGAAACAAAUUGAUAACAAUAUUGAGUUUCUCCGUCUGCAGAACAUCAAAAAACGCCACAAUUCCUUAGAGUCAGUCCCUAACAAAACUGGAAGACAUUAUCUCCACUAUACAUCCUAUAGAAAUAUUAGCCUUGUUGAUUCUGUGCGCGAGAAACAUCAUCCCGAUGUAGCAGAAGGUAAAGACCAGGCCCAGAGUCGAGUUUUUAGUUUCAGCCAGUCAUCGUUCUACUCGUCACACGUAUUACAUGACGUCAGCAGGUCAGAGUUCAGCGCGCCAAUAUUACCUUCCGAUCCGAAGUACGUCAAAUGGCUGAAACAUCAGAGGAAGCGCUGGAGGAACACGCAGUUCGAAAACACGCCCCUGGGAAAAGCGUGGCAAUGCUACAGCAGUAAAUCUGACACUCCCUGGCCGCCCAGGUUCCCCAGGCUUCUUAUGGCGAAUAACUUCAAUCCCAGAAUUCAAGACAAGGAAAAGACCAAUCCCUUUGCGGCUUUUGCCAAGAGAAGAAAACUGCGUAAAGCUAAAUCUGAUAAAGACAUGAGUGACGUCGAUGUUUGACGUAGUGCAAGAACUGAAUUUCCUUCAUCCUGUAAACUACGAAAUUGAUCAAACAUUGGAAGUCAAUAACCUCAAGGGAAAGAAUCCCAUAUAUGCACAGUUUAUUUCAUCAACGCUAUCUUCACAUAAAGACCACAGCGAC